CGCGUCGAGAUGCAUCUGGACCCUCGUCGACGUCGGCAUCGGCCACCCUCGCUCUCGCUCGCUCGCCCGCGAUCCCGCGACACUGCCGCCGGUAUCUUCCGCAUCUCGAGGAAGUCGCAUCGGAUGCGCCGCUUAAACGUGCGCGUUUAACAGCGCCGCUCGCGGAACAGGGUCAGUCGAUAAACUCCGAGCGAGCGUUUGUGCGCGUCCCGAGUGUACCCUCUCUGGAAGGGAAAACGAGCUACGGAGGCACGGAUGAAGUUGCCUUUUAAUCUGGAACAACGUUCCAAGUCUCCGAGACGAAUUGUUCUCGAUUCCGGAGCUUUUCGCUCGGUUGCAAAGAGAAAGAGGUGAUGAUUACGGAUAAAUUGAAUUGAAUCGCCCCGAGGACUCGCACGAUUCGCGUGGACGGUACCGUUUUUCAGUUACUGCUCUCGGGGUGGCCGAGAGAAAUGGCAGCGCGGCGGGUCCGAAUCCUCGCGACGUCUCGGAGCAAGACAUCGACUCGUUUUUGAGCCAAGUGGUAGAUGGGUGUAGUCGGGACUUGAAGUGUUUGAAUGACUUGCGCACGGCUCGGCGGGAAGGUGGUUGCGUUAACUCAAGUAUGCGGAUUUCACGGGCAUGUAUACCUCCUCGAUGAGGUGGGGCUGACUGUCUGGGCAUCAUCGUCGAAUCACCGGCGGCGCGGGCGUCCCAAAGUGCCGUGUAAAUCUUCCUGAAAAUUACAAAGUAAUCUCGCGGCGCGCUCGCGCGACGGCUCCGGGAUCGGGUCUCCCUGUGUGCGUAUGUUUACAUGUGUUGUACAUCACAUAAAGCGGGGUUUGACGGAACAACGCCGCCUCUACACUUGGCGGUUUUGAAUCGCGUGCGACUCGAAAGUAUGUAGCGAGGAAUAAGCUUGUGCUGCGGGACACUCCGUCGUGAAACUGUUAAUGGUGACUUUGGUAACGUGAUUGUGUCUCGUGAUUCUCCUUGCGAAGGGCGGAGGUCUUUCCUUAGGCGGCUCUGGCCACAAACCUGCUACGCUCCUCACGAACGUGGAACUGUCCAUCUGUCAGGAGCGUCUCUCUAACGUGAAAUCCCGUUUGGGACCUUGACGGGCUCUCGUUCCCGCGCUCUCGGUCGGUUUCAAGCUAUCCCGGUGCAUUCGUUCGAAGGUGGGCGGAUGCCGCUGUCCGUGCCAAGGACACGUAUCCUCGGGCGCGGGAUCCGAGAACAAUGAGUAUCUCAGAAUGGCCGUUUGGCUGCGCGAUGCCGGGAUGUCGUGGCGGGAAUACAAAACUCGAGUUGUCUCGUUCUACCCUUCGUUCGCGUCGUCAUCCUCGGUAUCGUCGCCGUCGUUUGCUUCGCUGAAACGCAUAAACGAAACCUAGCUGCAUCGCAAAUUUGCAUCCCGUGAGAAUAAAUUCACCAGGAGAGUGUCGAGUGAGACUCUCUUUUGUCCGUCUAUGACGAUUCGAGGGAACGAAAAAACGCAAAGAAGAGAAAAGAGGAUAAGGAGAGAUUGACGAAUCGAACAGGAUGAAUAAUUUUGAUUGGAACUUACUGCGACCGAAGAAGGAUCGUGGAGACUUCGCUUCCCUGGUCCGGAAUUUGCUCGGACCGAUUUAUGGCGACAAUGUUAUGGAUCUACUGAUAAGACAAGCACGGGAUAUCCUGGUUUGCGCUUAUCAUGGUAACUUGGAGAACUUUGUUCGGGCUUAUCUAUCACCUGCUGCAGCUUUAUUAGCGGAAGUCAAGAGUAUCGUCUCCGAAACGGGGAACGAGGCGGUGGUGCCGGAAGGUUGGCCCCUAACAUUAGGCGGCAGCGGUCUGAUCCUGCAUCUGGGUGAGCUCGAAGCGUCCGCGCUACGUCUCGGGGAAUGUUACCUCUGCGUACGCAGCGUGGCUGCUGCAACUGCAACUGCAACCACCUCGUCGGUCAACGGCGUUAAGACUGCCGGUAAAACCGCCGAGCAAAAUACCGUUGAGAUAGCAGUAGUCUGGCGAACCACGUCGAUGAGGGCUCCGGGGAUCUUAGGUUGGGAUCGUGAGGACGAGUUCAUGGACUGGCGGGAAUUGACCAACAAGGGUCAGCCGAGCUCGUCAGCAGGUACGACGAGCGCGAAUCUCGGCGGGGCGCAAUCCUCUGGCGUGAUGAAGGCCACCAGUCGUCCGCGCCGAAGAUCGCGCGAGGAUGCUCGUCCAAGGACACGCGAGACCAGCAGCGCUGAACAUCGUCGAGAGGAGGCCAGAUCCAUCGACAGGCUCGAGCACCAAUCUUGUCGUGAGAAUCGCACGAUCGGCAAAUCCGGUCACACCAACACGGUGAUGAAGUCCAAGUCCGCAUCCAGCGUCGACGCUUGGAAGGAGGAUCUCGACGGCGAACUCGAUCGAGGUUCGAGUCGCAGGGCGCAUUCCAAGAACUCCUCUAGUCCCACUGGCGACGAGAGUCGCGUCAAAGUGAAGCGGUGCGCCAACGUCGUCUCCUCUACAGUGAUGGAAAAGUGGAAGGAGAGCAGCAGGUGCGAGACGCGCAGCAGAUCGAUCGCGCCGAAAGAUCUGAAGAGCCCGUUGCAAUUUGAAGAAAGCAUUUUGUGGCAAAACAACGGCGCUAACGAUUCGCCGAAGGAUCUCGAGGACAGAUUACGGAACGUAGGUGGUCCAGGUGACGUCAGUGACGAAGAUCUGCCGGCGUACAUAGGCAGUCUGCUUGUCACCGUCGAGAGAAAAAUCGAGAGAGUCUCCCUCGACGAUAUGACGUUCCCUUGUCCAGCGUGUAGGAAUAUAGACACGGAUGAUCCGCUCUUAGGAUGCAGAUGCGCUGGCGAUGACGAGGAUAACUGCGACUGUCCUUCCUCUCUACUCGUCUCACGGAAAGAACAAUCUGCUAAGAGCUUCGAAGUGGCAGGAAUCAAGCAUAUCGAUAGUGACGACGAAGAGGAAGUUCGGAUGGGAUUUGGAACCAAAAAGCGAGUCGACGAAGUAGCAUUGCCGAGGACUAUUCACGACUUACCGGAGCGCGUUCUCACGUGUGGCCUGUCACUUCCCGGAUACAUAGACGUCGUCGGGAGACCGGUUAUCGAAUUCGAGGACAACGUAUCCACAAGGGAAGACCUCUCCGUUAGAGAGACAUCGUCUUUUCUGCUCUACCUCGCUCGUCUACCCAGCUCCGAUCGCACGAAAGAUGGCUUCACCAUCUUCAUACUCAGCGAUUCUAAGGAGAGUCUGGAGUUCAUGGACAAAAUGUUGGUUUUGCUGCAGGGCAGAAUCAACGUGGCCCAGACUCUCGUGCUUCGAAAUGCCGCAACAACGCAUGGACCGAUCGAUUCUCUCUUACCUCUUAGUAAUGUCCAGACCGUCGUCGUGAAUGACGCCACUCUCGCCAAGUAUAUUUCCAGGCGGGAAGAAAAUCACCAUCAGAUGCAAUGGAUCGCUUUUUACAAGGAGUACGACAGCCUCAUGACGGAGUGGCAAUCGGCUGGUCGCAGGUUGGCCCUCGAAAUGUCGGAGCUGAAGGAAUGCGCAAGCCUGUCUGGCACUUUGACGCCUCUCGGUCGGCUCCUCACGGACCCCACAUUGAGAAGAACGUCUAGAGAUGCCGAAGAAGCUAUCGCCGCGCUCGAGGAACGCGCGGCUCCGCUUUUGCACAUCGAGCACGUUAGAUUGUCGGUGAAACGAGCCCACAGAUUGGUGGAGGAGGUGGGUAAAGCCGCCACCAGAUUGGAGUCUUCGUUCGAGUCGCGACGCGCGACUAUUCGCAAUCUCGCGGUUCUACGGAGCAUCGAGGAUCAAGCCCACGAGAUACUAUCGUGGCUCUGUAAGAAAGGCGAGGACGUCCUGUCGAAGCACGCACAACAUAUAGCGACGAAUCUGACGUCAGCGCGGCUUCACGAGCGCGAAUUCGAGAAAUUUUAUUUCACGUCGAUGAGACACCUGGACAAAGGAAGCGACCUUGCUGAGGCGGCGAGCGCGAGCGGACUUCGCGAGCUCGCGAGAUCUUUGAAGCAGCAUCUGCGAGGAUUCGGGUCUCGCUUGGAGGACAGACGGGAGUAUUUGGAGGACACGUCGAGAUGCUGUCUCCUUCAGGAUCGCGCCUACGAGUGGGCGCAGGAGGCACGGCUAGCAAGCGAGAGAAGAUCACAACAAUUUUUGAUGGCGAGGCCACCUCUGCCACCCGAACAUUUCACCGAGAUGAUGGCUCUGGCGGAGAAGCUCGGCAACGAGGUCCUUUUGGAGCAAUGUCGUAUCGCGCGAAAUAAGUGCGCGGAAGCCCUUGAGAUCGCUAGGACUACAUCUGCCCCGGGAAGUCCAGCGAGAAGAAGAUCCUUCGCUGCUUCCGAAUCGACCUCUUGGGAUGAUACUUUAGCAAAAAGGACAUCCUGGGAUGAUAGCGACAGCAGCGCUUCUUACGCUUGUCCGAUGGAAAGCGUCGGAUCAGCUGGCAGCGGUGGUCGACCGGUGCUGGAUAAUAUCGCUGAACUUCGAGAGAGUGCUGAGCAACUUUUGGACUGCUCGCCACCGCGAACACCUCCGCGAAGCCCGGCUCCGAGAAGACUGGUUAAGCCACCGGUGAAUUCGCACCUUCACAGAUCAGCCAGCAUUGCGCCAGGAAUGAAGGCAAAAAAAACAAUACUGCUCAUUAUGAGGGAGAUGAUACAGACUGAACGAGACUACGUCAAGUCACUCGAGUACAUAAUAGAGAACUACAUCCCGGAACUCGUACGAGAGGAUAUUCCGCAGGCUCUUAGAGGACAAAGAAACGUAAUCUUCGGGAAUGUCGAGAAGAUAUACGAAUUUCACAGUCAACACUUUCUACGCGAAUUGGAGCAAUGCGAGCAAUCGCCUAUGCUCGUGGGGCAAUGUUUUCUCAGACACGAGAAAAAGUUUUACCUAUACGCUUUGUACAAUAAAAAUAAACCAAAUUCGGAUUCAUUGAUGGCGGAAUACGGCACAAACUUCUUCAAACAGAAGCAACUAGAAUUAGGGGAUAAAAUGGACUUGGCUAGCUAUUUAUUGAAACCAGUCCAACGAAUGGGAAAAUAUGCCUUGUUACUUCAGCAGCUAGUUAAAGCCGGCACAGAUUUAUCAGAACAACUGUCCGGUAAAGAAGAAAAGGAAGAGAAGGAGGAUAAUAUGAAACCCGUAGUCGAAGGUGAAGCGGAUUUAAGAGCUGCUGAACAAAUGGUGCGAUUUCAACUUCGACAUGGAAACGAUCUUUUGGCAAUGGAUUCGCUUCGCGAUUGUGACGUAAACGUAAAAGAGCAAGGAAGAUUAUUGCGGCAAAACGAGUUUUUAGUUUGGCAAGGAAAAGGCAAAAAGUGUUUACGACAAGUCUUUUUGUUCGAAGAUCUUAUACUUUUCAGUAAAGCAAGAAGGUUUCCUGACAGAAAGAACCUUGAUAUUUACAUCUAUAAACAUAGCAUUAAAACGACGGACAUUGGCUUGACCGCUGUUAUAGCGGAUUCACCCACAAAAUUCGAAAUUUGGUUCCGCAAGAGGAAACCGGGUGACACAUAUACGUUGCAAUGCGCGAGUGAAGACAUCAAGAAAGCCUGGACUGAGGAACUUAGCAACCUUUUAUGGAAACAGGCGCUUAGAAACAGAGAAGUGCGCCUGGCAGAGAUGUCGAGCAUGGGUAUUGGAAAUAAGCCGUGUUUAGAUAUAAGGCCUAGCGCAGAUCAGAUUAACGAUCGUUCUAUCAGUGUAGCUCAACUUUCGAAGACACCCAGAUUUAGAAACUCUAUAGCGGUGUCAAUGGCAGAGGACUCCAGUCGCUGUAGCAGAAGGCCGCACAGCGUAAUUUCCGUUAGCUCGUCUUCGAGCAGUGGUGGAAGUAGCGGCCCUCCUACUACACUUAAUCUUGGAUUAGAUACGAGUCCACGUCCGCAUCAUCGUAGUACCACACUGAACAGUCAGUGUAGUGUUGAAAGUGGUAUUAUUGCUGAUAUCUCAAUCGUGUCGGAUGACGGAGGUGACAGCACUGAGAGAAGUCCUUGGAAUUCAACCUUGGAGAGUCCUACAUCCUUACCUACGACCUCGACUCCUCUGCAGUCGCCAACCAGCGGAACGGCAGCAACGAUUACUCCCGUGUCUUCAACAGACACGAAUCUCACAUCUUAUGACCAAGACAUGUCUAUUAAUCUAUGAAUUUCUCUUUCUAUACAGAGAAUAUCGCGAAAACGCGAAUCUAUAAUUGAUUCACUUGCAAGUUUGUGUUACGAUUACAAAGAUGUAACACAUCGUCGCGGCAUAUUUAAUUAAGUAUUAUGAGGUAUAUCGUCACACGCAUACUGUCGAAUCAUCCAUCGUAUUCUUGUGAGCAAUUUAUAGUUUAAUGCGACAUGAAAAAAUAUAAAUCUGCAAUCCGAUAGGUCGCUGCAUUACGCUUAACACGUGUGCCCAGCUACGGAAUUUGUAAUCGUAUUACAUAUAAAUGUAGAUUCUCUUAUCUUAUAACUACAGAAAUGGUACUGAAUUUUAACAUUUAACUUUCAAGUGAAUCUGUCUCUGUAAAUUUAUCUUUUGAUACGCUUCGAAAUUCACAGAUCUAUGUGAUCAUAUAGCUAUUGAGCUAUUACUUAUGAAGCUCACUGAUAUCUGGUUUCUGAAGUAAUAGCAAUAUGUAUUUUCUUAUUCUGUCUUAUUUUAUCAACGUGCUCAAGACACGAUGCUAGAGAGAUAUGUUCUAUCAGAUGUACGAUUUUAUCGAAGUAUAUAUGGUACCAUAAAUGGUAUGCACUGGUCGCUAUUCUCAUUUACAUCGGCAUUCCUGAUACAGCGGUGGAAAAUUUUGUGAAUCUUCCCCGAUAACUUAUGACAAUUUUAUACACUUUUAUUUAUAUUAUAGUUGAUAAAUAUAAUACUUUAACUCCACAUUGUGUUCGCGUUUACUAUGUAUUAAGGAAAAUAUAUGGAUACUACGAAUCGUACAGAAGUUGGAGAAAAUAUAUAUUUUCCUUAAUCAUCACGCUAUCUCGAUGAUGAAUCUAACAAGUUUUGAUUGUGGAUUAUAUGUUCAGGAAUGUGUGUCAAAUCAAUGCGCACAUAUACAUACUAAUUUGUAAUAUAAUGUAAUAUCAAAAGUUUAUACAAUGUAGACAAGUAAUAUAACCAAUAGUCUAUAUAUUACUUACAGAUUAUAUAUAUAAAGUAUUAUAUAUUCUUUU